AUGUGCUGGAUGGUACCUGCUCCUCUAUGCUCGGGAAUAUCCCUCCCAGAUCUAUGCAAUGAGACCGAAACAAUCAUCACAGUGACCCAAGGCUUCCUGACAGCGUUAAGCACAAAAUCACGAGUUGACUUGGGAAAACAUUGUGUUCGAGCUGGAGGAAUGUCCCUCUCGCCUCCAUCGCCAAAUGCACCUCAUUUCUGCACCAUCGGGUCUUUCAUCGAGCACGUGGCCACACUCAAAGAUGAGAUUGACGAGCGGAUCUGGGAUCCCGAGGUAAAGGUUCACGACGAAGGGAAUUUGGCUACAGUAUGGGCGCCAAUCCGAGCCAAGAUCAACGGCAUAGUGGACCACGUGGGUGUCGAGCUUUUUGUGCUUCAUAAAUUGAUUGGAGAGUGGAAGGUAACUGGUUUGGCGGAUUCUUGUCGGAGGCCAACCGAAGAGGAGAAAAACUUGGCAUAG